GAUAACCGAUGUGCAAAGCGCUGACCUGAGCUAGCGAUUGAGAGCAUAUACUUAUAUGCUUCCAUUGAUUCUGUGUCGUUCAUCUUUAAAUACACCAUGACUUCAAGACAUCCUCUUCUCAUCUCCUUUUCUUUCUUCCAAUUCAUUCUCUCCGUAGAACAUCAUUGCAGAGCAAGUGGCAACCCUCUUCGCAAGGUGUAGUUUGGAAGAAAAGAUUAGCAAUGCCCCGCGAGCAAUUGCAAGUGCUCAAUGCACUUGAUACUGCCAAGACCCAGUUAUACCAUUUCACGGCAAUUGUCAUCGCUGGAAUGGGUUUCUUCACUGACGCAUACGAUCUCUUCGCAAUUUCCCUCGUUACCAAAUUGCUUGGUCGUAUCUACUACCACAGGGAAGGUGCACUGAAGCCCGGAACUCUACCUCCUGGUGUGAACUCUUCGGUCACUGCUGUUGCUCUUGUCGGAACCUUAGCCGGUCAACUCUUCUUCGGGUGGCUUGGUGAUAAAAUGGGUAGAAAAAAGGUCUACGGUAUGACUUUGGCUGUCAUGGUUAUAUGCUCCCUAGCUUCCGGGCUCUCGUUUGGGAGGGAACGGAGAUCUGUCAUGGCUGGCCUUUGUUUCUUUAGAUUCUGGCUUGGGUUUGGUAUCGGUGGUGAUUAUCCUCUCUCUGCAACGAUUAUGUCGGAAUACGCUAACAAGAAGACACGUGGUGCCUUUAUCGCUGCAGUUUUCGCCAUGCAAGGGUUUGGGAUUUUGGCCAGUGGGAUUGUGGCGUUAGUCGUGUCGGCUGCUUUUGACCAUGCAUUUAGUGCUCCUUCGUAUGCGACCAACGCUUUAUUGUCAACUCCGGUACAAGCCGACUACGUCUGGCGUAUCAUACUCAUGUUUGGUGCUAUUCCGGCAGCGAUGACUUAUUACUGGCGUAUGAAGAUGCCCGAAACUGCACGUUACACCGCUCUGGUUGCCAAAAACGCUAAACAAGCCGCAUCAGAUAUGGCUCGAGUUUUGCAAGUUGACAUUGAAGCCGAAGAACAGAAGGUAGAGACAAUUACACAGGAUAAAAGAAACUCAUUUGGAUUGUUUUCAAAAGCAUUCCUCCGUCGCCAUGGACUCCACUUGCUCGGAACCACCAGUACUUGGUUUUUACUUGACAUCGCUUUCUACUCACAAAAUCUCUUCCAAAAGGACGUCUUCACUGCCAUCGGAUGGAUCCCUCCGGCGGCAAAAAUGAACGCCAUAGGAGAGGUUUUCAGGGUGGCCAGAGCUCAAACUCUUAUUGCACUUUGCAGUACUGUUCCCGGAUACUGGUUCACAGUUGCAUUUAUCGAUAUCAUCGGUCGUUUCGCAAUCCAACUCAUGGGAUUCUUCUUUAUGACGGUUUUCAUGUUCGCUCUCGCCAUUCCUUACCACCACUGGACCUUACAUGACAACCGUAUCGGCUUCAUCAUCAUGUACUCAUUGACGUUUUUCUUUGCUAACUUUGGUCCUAAUGCCACCACUUUUGUCGUUCCCGCCGAAAUCUUUCCUGCUAGGCUCAGGUCCACUUGCCACGGUAUCUCUGCAGCUGCCGGCAAAGCUGGCGCCAUCGUUGGUGCUUAUGGAUUUUUGUAUGCUUCUCAGAGCUCCGACCCUAAGAAGACCGAUGCCGGUUACCCACCAGGUAUUGGAAUCAAGAACUCGCUCAUCGUUCUUGGUGUGAUCAACUUCUUAGGGAUGUUGUUCACGUUUUUAGUCCCUGAACCAAAUGGGAAAUCGCUCGAAGAACUCUCUGGUGAGAAUGAGGAAGAUGACGAGGUUCAGCAGACUACAUCUAACCGAACAGUUCCUGUUUGAUUUGGAACUGUACACAACUACGGGCUUUCAAGAAACUGAUUUACUUUUGUUGGAUACGCAUGUUUGCUUUAUGAAUCCUGAAAAGAUUCAAAAACGGUAACUAAGGAUACCAUCAUGUUGUGUUUGAAUGUUGUCAGACGUUUUAGCGUUUGAGUCUACCUAUUUAUUUGUUUGUUUCCUGUUCAAUUAUUGUAUUAUAAAAUUGUUACAAAUUCAUAAAGUUGUAAGAAUAUGGUUUUGAACAUACAAUGAAAAUUGUAUUUCAUGUUAAUUGCAACCGAAAAAGUUUGAAUA